UACAACUUCACCUUUUGCUUUUAUGGAUGCUUGUUUACUAUCCAUGUGGUAACCUCUGGACAGGCAGUAAUCCAUUCAUUAUCCACACGGAUUGAGUGCAGGAGCAGUGCAGUGGUAACUAUUUCCCUCAGCUGCCGGCAGACAGCAAAAGGGAGGAAAAUGAUGAAUUCAGACAAUUUAACCUCCCAAAGCUUCCUCUCUGCCAUCCACAGCAACGCCAGCAAUUUAUUCUCAGGGCUCCAGUUUGUUCAGUCCUUCAAGCCACUCAUCAUCCCCUGCUACUCGCUGGUGGUUUUUAUUGGUGUCAUUGGGAACUACCUGCUCAUUUACGUUAUCUGCAAGACCAAAAAAAUGCACAAUGUCACCAACUUCCUGGUAGGCAACCUGGCUUUCUCAGACAUGCUCAUGUGUGCAACCUGCGUGCCCCUGACACUCGCCUAUGCCUUUGAGCCCAGAGGGUGGGUGUACGGGCGUUUCAUGUGCUACUUUGUUUUCCUGAUGCAACCUGUCACCGUGUUUGUGUCUGUCUUCACCUUGACUGUCAUAGCUGUGGACAGGUACUAUGCCAUGGUUCACCCCUUCCGCAGGAGGCUCACAAUCCCCCUUUGUGCUUAUAUCCUGGCUGCUAUUUGGCUGCUGAGCUGUACCUUGGCUGCCCCUGCCCUGGUGCACACCUACCAUGCUGAGUUCCCAGAGCUGGACUUCUCCAUCUGCGAGGAGUUUUGGUUCCACAUGAAAAGAGAUCGCUUGGCUUACGCCUACAGCACUCUCAUCAUCACCUACGUACUGCCAUUGGCUGUCAUUUCCCUGUCCUACCUGAGGAUCUCAGUCAAGCUGAAAAACCGUGUGGUCCCAGGCAACGUCACCCAGGGCCAAGCCGAGUGGGACAGAGCAAGGAGGAGAAAGACCUUUCGCUUGCUGGUCUUAGUGGUGGCAGCCUUUGGAGUCUGUUGGCUGCCUCUGCACAUCUUUAACAUGAUAAAGGACAUAGAUAUCAGCUUAAUUGACAAGCAGUAUUUCAACUUCAUCCAGCUGCUGUGCCACUGGUUUGCAAUGAUGUCUGCUUGUACCAAUGCCUUCCUCUAUGCCUGGCUCCACGACAGCUUCAGGAGGGAGCUAAAGAAAAUGUUUGCCUGGAGAAAGAAGAAAAUUGGACCCACUACAAACUGCAUUAUGGGCAGUGUGGUGCUGUGAACAAGAGCUGGUGGGAGUGCACUUCCUUCAUACAGUAACACUGUAAGUAAUUUCCAUUUUUAAUCAGUCCUGGCUCCUGACAUUUGCCCUCAGGGCUCAAUUUCAGCAACACAAGUCCCAUGCCUGUCUUCCCCAGCACCUCCGCUCCUACUGGCAAAGAUUCAGCGACAUCACAUCCCAUAAAUGUUGGUACCUCUUUGACAGGAGUUAGAGGCCAAGGAGAUGUUACCCCAGAAAGAUAGCCUUAUAUUAAUAACAAGGAGCCCUCCUAUCUGUUUUGGAUAUUGCUGGCAGUACAGACAUGGGAUUUGAGAAGAGGGACAAGAAAGGAUGAAUAUGAGUUCUAAACAUCUCAGUGUGGAGGUUGUUUGGAUUGGGUAAAAAUUAAGACUGCAUAUCUACCUGGAAUCCAGUCUGUAGCACAGGAUCCAGGGUGGAGGACUAACAAUAUUCUUGUCAUUCUCUUGGGUUAGUGCCAUGUUGAAGAAUAAUCUCAGGCUCUCCUAAACACCCUUUCUGAUCAGCUGUCUCAGCUGGGUCAGGAAAUCAGGUGGGCAGAGACUGCUCAGGGGCUUCCUGGGCCAGCUGAGCUGUGCCGGCAGCAGCUGUGUGCCAGGGCCACCCCCCUCCAGGCUGCCCAUGGCGUGUG